CUUUGACAGUGGCCGGCACCGGAUCGCCAAACAUGUCUGCUCUACUCUUAAGUACACUAUCUUUGAUACUUCUGCCCUCAUCAGGUAUUUAUGUCUAUUCGUUGAUGCCUGCUUAUAAAUAUGCUUUUACGUUGACAUUGUUUAUAAGUUUCUGUUAAAUUUUGUUAGUCACUAUUUUUGGGAUUCAUGCUUAAGAAAAGUUGCUAGAAUAAGUGGUAAUACUAACUUUAAAGCCAAAGAGUGGAUCAAUACAAAUGUAUUUUUCAGGGUCAUACUUCUUCAUCAUGAUUGUUUAGUUUGCAUUCAGUCACAACAGCUUCACUCUUAAGAUUGUGUUAAUAAUUAGCAAACAUAACAGAAAUCAAGUUUAGAGAGCAUCUUGUGAAUUUUUUCUUCACACCAUCUUGAACUUAGAACUGAGAUUCUUUAAUAUUUUUGAAUGCUCCAUCGUUUAAAUUGUUUUGUAGGAAGAUGAGGGGGCAAGUGACUGAAAAAUUCUCUUUCAAAACAGGUUCAAGGAUAAUUAUAGAUUAUAUAAACCAAUUUCUAAAGCUGGAAAAAUACAUUUUCAAAACAUGUUAUUGUUAAAAACUUAUAUUGAAAAAAUUAAUCAUUUAUUUAAAGCUACCGGACUUCACUUCGAUGUCCAGCCAACAAAGAUUGAGAUCGGUCUAUCAAUGCGAUUUUACCUCAAUUGUUCUUUCAACCAUGGAACUGACCCUGAGAUGUCCAGCCUGGUCGCGCUCUUCAUAUCUCGCGCUCAAGACACAACAAACGUGGAUUUUCAUGAGAUUGCGUCCGUCAACACAUUUUCUGGUAAUGUCAGCAACAUGAUCCAUGACAACGCUACCAUAUCCGGUGUCAUCAACAACCUCGGGGUGUCAUUUCUGAGUAUGGAGUGGAAGUUCCCAGGCGAUCAGGUGUCGGGUCUUUACAAAUGUGUCGCUAAUGGUGUUGACGGUACAGGACACCCCAUAAGUGUCAUGUCUACAAGUCAAGUUACAAGUGAGAUGCCGGGUACCAAAGAAUUGGUCCAAUUAGUCCGUGAUCUCAUGAUCAAGAUUGACUACGCUCCAGAAGACAACACGUGUAUAUCAGGUACAAAAGAGUCAGUAGAAAUGUUUCCUCUAAGGUUUGUUAAUUCGUUUGCAAAAUAACACAGUUGUGUGUGAAGUUUUACAGCCCACAAACACAAACACACACUUUCAUGGAAAUUUGCUGCGCGAUAAUAAAAACUGCUACACGACGUCUGUGAGAUAGCCGCGCGGCCGCGCAGCCACGCAGCUUAAAGGGAACAUUGGUCAGAAAUGUAAUAAUACAUCGCAUUUAACAAUGUGAAAGUCUUAUUUGUAGUCUCAAGUUAACUUUAUUUAGAGAUAUUUCGAAAAAUCAAUAUAUUUUUAUGUAUUACUGGGGACUAUUGAUAAAUGACUGGAUACAAAUUAUUAUUUAAGAUUUUAAAGUAAAGUAACAACGAAAGCAUCAUUUAAAAUUUGGAACAUUUGAAGUCAUUAAAGGGUCCGCAUUGGAGAGUACUCAAUGAUUCUGCGCUUGCUAUAAACGUGAUGGAAAAUGUCAUGUUAGUCAGUUUCCUUCUUUAUGGUUAGGCUCAUAGCAGGAAAUCGUGAAGUAGUCAAUUUCUUCUAAUUGAGCUGGUACAGAGGGUAGUGAUGAGGAAUGGUUUUGUAGUAAAUUUCCUUGAUGUUUCUUGUUAGAUAGAGUAGUUCAAGAUUGUGUAGGUGUAUGUACUAUGUAGAGCGGUAUUUGAGAUGACGUUAAUAAAGGCUUAAAAGCUCCCUGAUGUAGGUUACCGGCCAGGUCGCAAGAGUUCCGAGACAAACUUGAACGGCCAUGUGUUCGUGACUAAGGCGAGCCGCCUAGUUGGAGGUCAUCGACUGUGGUGAGGCAUGGAUAGAAAUAGGCACGCCUUGCGACAACUGCCCUUGAUACGCUACAUGUACAUGAGAACAGAUUGACAUCCAUACCGGCUGCGCCAUCCCCCGGGUUUCCAUAGGCCAUGCCUACCGUCUUUGACCGGCACCGAGGUGGAAGUUGUGCUACUGGUCAGCCAUAAAAAGGUAUCUGUGUCAGGAAUAAAAUUACACUAGGAAACUAGAAGUGAGAUCGCUGAUAGAAACGGCCAAGGGUGAGGAGUUAGUACAUGAAAUUAGCAGAUAAAGAUUGGACAUCCUUGUACGAAAUGAUAUGGAAAAACUUUGGAGAAACAUCAACCGAAGAAGACAACAGAAUAUGUUUUAGUGGACGGUAUAACCCACACAAACAAGGAGUCGACUUCCUCGUCCAUAAAAAACAUUAAGAACAGUAUUAUGAGCUGUCGGUAAGUUUUGAGUCGGCUCAUCACUCUUCGUCUAAGGGCACCACCGUUCAACAUCACCUUCAGAUUAUGAUGAAGAAAAAGUGGAUGACUUCUACCAUCAACUCCAGGAUGUGCUGAACCAAGCCCCCCCCCCCCCCCCAAAAAAAAGACGUUCUUGUCGCUCAGGGUGAUUAGAAUGUCACCAUAGGAGACGAUGCCUAUGCAAACUGGAAAGGAACGUGUGGGCGCCACUGCAACGCAACUUUUAACAAGAGAGGUCUCAGGCUCUUGGAAUUCAAAGGCUUCAACGAACUCAUACUGACCAACACAUUGGGUGCACAUAAAAUAUCCAGGAAAACCACAUGGCAUAGUCCCAUUGGGAAACACAACCAUCUGAUUAACUACAUCAUUAGUUAUAUUAGACCUUUCUUAACGUUUGAUGCAUCAAAAACGCUGAUGUCUGCUUUCGUGCUAUCACGUAUGGACUACUGAAAUGCUCUCAUGUCGGAUCUUGCAGCUUCGCUCCUUGAUAAAAUUCAUAAAGCACAGAAUAAUGCGGCUCACAUGGUUUUUCGCAAACGCAAAUUCGACCAUGCUAAAACACUUCCGAGAGAGUUGCAUUAUCUGCCUCUCCGCAGUACAAAAUUGCAACUUUGUGCUACCGCUGCUUACAUGACCUGGUGCCAUCUUAUCUCAAAGCACUCAAGACGCCUUAUGUACCCACUAGACAGUCCCGCUCAUCUGAUGGUGGCAAAAUAUCGAUACCGCGUGUUCGCCUUGAGACUUACGGCAAGCGCACUUUUGCAUUCGCUGGCCCAACAAUUUGGAUCGCCCUUCAUGUCGUUCUAAGAAACUGCCAGUCACUGGAGUCCUUUAAAACCGAUUUAAAAUCUAGUUCACAAACACCUUCAGGGGUGAUGCUAUCUACCACCUUUUUCCCGUUAAUGUAUAUUGGCUUGUGUUACUUAUGGUUGAAAUGGGAUGAAAGACUUUGACUUGGUAUGCUCCUAUGUAGUUUUUGUAAUGUUGCGUUUUGUAUCUCAGUGUGGCAAAAUAUAGAUUGUUUCAUUUAUCUUUUAAUAUCGUUAACUUUGUUCCGCACUUCGAGCCUUUGGUGAUGAUGCGUGAUUCUCAAAAAAAAAUUAUUAUUAUUUUUAUUAUGGGCGAUGUGAAGGCGGUAUCGGAGACCACGCCAUUGAAGUUUACUGUAAUAUGCAUGCAUUCGUGAAAUGACUGCAUGAUCAAGAAUAGUUGUAGGGGGACAACCUAUUCUAUACAAGAUACUGAAACAGGCCACUCCGACUUUUCAAGUCCAAUGGCUCUGUCAUCUCUAUGAAAUCAAGGUAUAGGGACCUAUGUUAUUCAAGACACUACUCCUGCAAUUGGCGUAAGAAGAAAUAUCAUGUCUAUAGUUGAACUAUCGCUUCGAAAGCCACACUAGGCCUCUAAGGAAGACGCGGUUCUCCAGACCCUGAAAUUGUUUAAGGGCCGCAAGGGCAAACGUCUUUCCGACUAGGCCCACUUGAGAAAUUCCUCGGCAACUAUUACAAUCACUACGGUCCCCUUUAUUAUUUUGAUUGAUGUAAUUGUACGGAAUUUACGAUCUAUUAAAAGGUGGUUGUGUAACUGGGGUAGACAUCUUGUGAGAACACCUUCCUUCAAUCUUUGGAUUGUAUCAAGUAUUUUUGAAAAAGAGGAACAAUGAAUUUUUGUUGGUUUGGGUUAGGGAGUUGGCCUGAAAUUUUAACAUAAUAUGUCAUCGGCAACAAGUCGAUGCGCUUAGUUUCAGCUUGAUAGGAUGAAGGGAAGUUGCUCAAUUAAUCUUCCGGAGAUUUUGCCACACACGAACGAAAGCGAUAUAAAAAAUAAAGGAUUGAAAAAUAAAUCUUACUACGAAUAAAAGAGUUCAAAAACAUUAUACUGAAAUUAUGUUUAUAUUCAUGCCCUUCGGAGCGUAGUUUCAUACACAUUAGUGACGCCCAACAGUGCCGUCAUGCACACGUGACAGAUCGCGUCAAAACCUGGCACGUGAUAGAAAAAAACAUCAACGUGCACGCUGUUCUGAAUGUGACAGUGAUCACAUGACCAGAUGUAAAAAGUAUAUAAUGAACGCUCUUCACAAAUCCCCGUCCCUCUCAACCCGUUUUUGUACAUGCCCUCAAAAGUGGUUUUUUUUUAUUCACGCGUGACCACUCUUUGUUUAGGCAUACAUGUAGACAAGACUGAAUAAUGUACUGACCAUUCAUAUUUAAAAAAAAAAAAUUAUUGUCACAUUUACAUUUAAAAUAUUUUAAAAAAACAAAAAAAAACCACUAUUUUAGGUUGUUGGCAGCGCAGGCUGGAACAGAUGAUGAAGGCGAGGUUUGAAAUAACCUCUUUGUACAAUGGCCACAGAUAUCUCUUGUCUAAAAUUUCCAACCAUGCCUCCGUUGCCGUGGCCCAAGAAUCGUGUGAACUCUACGGAGGUUACCUCGCUGAGAUUGAUGAUGCGGAUGAACUGCUGUUCGUACAAAAUUUUAUAAAGUCAAACAGAAAUGUCGAUUUUAUAUUAGUUUUAAUUGGCGGCACAGACGAAGGUCAUGAAAAACACUGGGUUUUUGAAAGAACUGGAAGAAAUGUUACGUUCACUAAAUGGGACCCGGGCUACCCAAGCGUUGACACGAGAUCUAAUUGUCUCUACCUAAGAGCAGAUCUUUAUCUCUGGAUUAUGGGAGACAAUGUGUGCUUCCGGACAGAUAGCAACUAUAAUUCUAGGUAUAUGUGCGAGUUACCCGAGCAAUGA